AUAGCAACACACCAAUAAAGAAUACCAGUCACUCUCAUCCCUCCUCUCUCUCCCUCCCUCUCUCUUGUUCCCUCUCCCUCUCUCUGUGUCUCUGUGUUUUUUAUCUGCUAAAACUCCCAAUUUUGGCUCCAAUUUCCCUCCUUUCUGUCCCCAAAACUCCCAAAUACGUAUAGAGCAAUGCAUGAUCUUUCGUUUAAAUGCAAUUUUGAGUCCUAAUACUAACGUUUUCACCGACUAAUUCAAUCACUGAGUUCAAGCGGAAAUGCUUGAGGCAAUGGAGAGUUCCGUCCAUGGCGGUUUCUCUCACUUGCAGAGUUGUGGUGACAGUAGUGAAGAGGAGCUCUCUGUGCUUCCUCGCCACACCAAGGUGGUGGUGACUGGGAAUAACAGGACCAAGUCUGUCCUUGUUGGUCUCCAGGGCGUGGUCAAGAAGGCUGUGGGGCUUGGCGGGUGGCAUUGGCUGGUUCUUACAAAUGGCAUAGAAGUUAAGCUUCAGAGGAAUGCCCUUAGUGUGAUUGAAGCUCCUACUGGUAAUGAGGAAGAUGAUGACCUUGAUUUUGAUAAUGUCCAGUGGAAUGGAUCAGAUAUGGCGUCUGAUGACACUCAAAAGUCCCACAGAUCAAGGCAAAGAGUGCAUAAAUCAUCUGGAUCAUCUCACAGGACUAUGUGUAGAACUUUCUCUUGUGACUCUCAAUCUAAGGGUUCUAUUUCUACUCCACGAGGGUCCACGAAAAUUGACCUUGGCAAGCUGGAGAUGGCUGCUUUAUGGAGAUAUUGGCGACACUUCAAUCUUGUGGAUGCCAUUCCCAACCCAUCGAAAGAGGAACUAAUAGAUGUUGUUCAGAGGCAUUUCAUGUCACAGCCAAUCGACGAGUUGCAGGUCAUUGUGGGGUUUGUUCAGGCUGCGAAGAGACUAAAGACCGUCUGCAAAUGACAUGGGGGGAGAGAGAGAGAGAGAGAGAGAGAGAUGUUUGAGUGAGGUAGUCGAUGCUAACAGAUACCUGAACCCCCAAUGGCCACUUCCCGUUGGUGAUAUUCUGUAACAUAUAUGUAUCCAGGCUUGUGUAUGUUUACAUGUUGGUUAGUGGGUUAGUAGUAUUACUCUGCUUCUUCUGAGUUAUAUAGAGGCUCUUACCUUUUUGGUAGCGUAGCUUAUGUAGAUAUUGUAAACUGGUGGGAAGACUUCUCAGAAGAAGACCCUGUGGCUUUCCUUCUAAAAGCUUGGAUUAAUGUAUUGCUGACUGGGGAAGUAGGUUUUUUUCCUUUCUAAAAUGUAAAUAUUCUUAGUUCUCAACUAUCAUCUUUUAUUGG